GACACAACACCUGUAAUGCCUUCGACGUCUCCAUAUUUGCUGGAAACUGAGGAAGAGGACAAUCUGCCUUCUAGGGAUGCCACAACUAUAACUUUCUUGAAUCCAACCCGCAGCAGUGAAUGCACGAAAAAGGAGAAGAUUAGCUACUUCGUUCUUUUUGGCUAUCGUCUUGCUACGAAUAGUGUAACGGCACGACUCAGAGGCAUCGACCAGAGUAGCUGCAUUAUGUACUGUAGCCAGAACAUCGUUGGUUGA